UGAUGUGUGUGCUCCGCCCCACUUGGCCCAGGUGAACGAGGCAGAGGAAGAGCGGCUUCGUGGUGAGCGGGAGCACCAGCGGGUGACGCGGCUGUGCCAGCAGGCCGAGGCUCGGGUUCAGGCCCUGCAGAAGACCCUCCGCCGUGCCAUUGGCAAGAGCCGGCCCUACUUUGAGCUCAAGGCCCAGUUCAGCCAGAUCCUGGAGGAGCACAAGGCCAAGGUGACGGAGCUGGAGCAGCAGGUGGCCCAGGCCAAGACCCGUUACUCAGUCGCCCUGCGCAACCUGGAGCAAAUCAGCGAGCAGAUUCAUGCGCGGCGCCGGGGCCAGCCUGCUCAUACCCUGGGCCAGAGGCGCUCCUCUCCAGUGGGGGCGGAAGCUGGGCCUGAUGGUGGCGAGGAUGCGGACAGCGGGAUCAUUGAGGGGGCGGAGGGUGGAGGGCUGGAGGAAGGCGUCAGCCUGGGGCCUGGCCCUGCCCCGGACACCGACACGCUGAGCCUGCUGAGCCUGCGCACUGUGGCUUCGGACCUGCAGAAAUGCGAUUCCGUGGAGCACCUGCGGGGUCUCUCAGACCACACCAGUCUAGAUGGCCAGGAGCUGGGACCUCGGAGUGGGGGUCGUGGAGGUCGCCACCAGCGCAGUAUCAGCCUGUAACCCCGUGCUCAGGGUGGCUGAUGCAUUCAUACCACCACUGGCCCAAGGAGGGCCUUGCAGGUUCCUAGCUCCCUCUCCUCGGGUCCUUGCUUCCCUCAGAGAGGGCAGGUUGGCUGUGUCUUGAGUCUGUUGUAUAUGUCCUGGCUUUCUCACCUGGCCCUGCCCCCCACAGGUGGCAGCUCUCUUUGCCUUACCCUUUCAGAAGGCUUAUCUUUGGCUCUGACAUCUCCUUUCCCUGUGUUGGUCCUUCAUAGUCUGUCUGUCUGCUGCCCUCUUUCUGACUUCUGUCUGGUUUUUCCCCUCAGGGAAAUCUGUCUGGGCGGCACAGGGAAAGCAUCAGAGAAGGUGGGCACUGGAUCUGGGUCCCAGCAUCUUGGUCCCCCCAGCUUGAGUGAAUGGAUGGGUCCCCCUCCCACCUACUCAUCUCCCAGGUGGUUCCUGGGAUGCUGUGGAACCCUCCAGCAGCCCAGCAGCCCAUCCUCUGUCCCAGCCUGCUCGUGGGUAACAUGUAAGAAGUGCUGCAGGACUGUGUGCCUCUGGAAGACACCACCCAUCCCUUCAGUACUCCCUCCUCAUGACCGAAGCCAUCUGUGCCUCAAAGCAGGACUUGAGGGAUACUGGUGUCAGGGAAGGUGAAGCCCAAUCCCAUUGUCAACAGAGGGGACACUACCAACUCCAAACAGGCUCCUGUGUGCGUUGCGUUUCCCCAGCUGGGCUGUGUCCAACAUUGCCAAGGUGCUAGUGGGUCCAUGUUGGGGGGUGGAGAUGUAGUGAGGUUCUGACGGCUGAAGCUCUUCCCAUUUCUGCUGUGGAGUUAGGUCUGUUUACUUUUUCUGGGUAGAGGAUGCUGAGCCAAAUCUCAGCAUUCUUCUACAGGGUGGAGUUAGGGAAUUUGGUGCUCAAUUGCUCUCCCUCACUCUUCCCAAAACCAAACCAUACCUAGUCCAGGAUCUCUUGGGGGAUGCUCAGGUUUGGCUGCAGAACCUCUGCUGAUACAGGGCAGGGUUGGCCUGCGGUGAGGGAACCCACCCUCCAUAGGGAGCAGUUUCAGGUGUCUGAUGGCACUCCCAUGCUGUGUGGGGGAAUGGCAGGGAAGCUACACUGGAUCUGGGUGCCUUGGGGAACCGAUCCUCCUGUCCCACCCCAGGAGGGCUGAGAGCUGGACUCUGGACAGGAGAAUUUGUGCCUAGGCCUGUGUGCUGCUGCCAUCAACUAGGGGGGGUGGGGGGUGGGGAGCAGGCCUUCAAAUUGAGGUUGUCUCCCUGUCCCAGGGUUAAAACAGGAUGGUCAUGAUGAGAACUGCCAGGUUUGAGGUGGCCAUGGUGGAGGGAAAAUGGAGGAGGACGUGGGCGUGCGUGCGUGCAUGCAUGUGCCUGUGUGUAUGAGGGGAAAGGGUCUGCCCCUGAUUUUAUUUAAAUAAAAUAGUUUAUGUAACAGUAA